AUGGCACAAUCAGCGCAAGAACGAUUAGGUAGAAUAGACUUCGUUUAUCCAUUAAAUUGUGUUUUUAAAAUAUCUGAACUCGAUAAAACUACAAAUAAUUAUGUUUUUAUGUAUGAACGUAAAAUUACGGUACAAGCAGAAGCAAAUACAUUAAUUUCUGGUUCAUUGAUUAUAUCAGGUGAUAUUAUUCAACAAUUAUGUAUCGAUCGUCUUAAACCAAUGGCAAUCUAUAGUCUUAAUCUAUUAUUAUAUGUUGAACAUGACUUGGAAGAAAAAAUAAUUUUCAAUUCAUUUUUUCAAGUUGCAUUUACUCAGCGACAAAAGCCGAGAGUUUUUAUACAAGAAUGCAAUGAUUCUCAUAUGAGUCCUAGAUAUCAUUGUUUUAUGGUAUAUACUCUUCCAUAUAAUGACACCAUUCUUCUAUCAAACAUGUUUUCUACAGAUCUUGAAAAAUCUUGUCAAAUGUCAACUGAUGUAACAAAUUUGUUUCCACGUGCUAAUACACUAUCUCUGUGUGGUUAUAAGAAGGUCAAUGGUGUUCGAGAUCUUGGCAAGCCUGGAUGUUCCAUAUCAUCAUUAGUUCCUUGGUCAUUAUUAACACACAUUGAAAUCAAUCAUAGUGAUGUUAUUACUCAACAUACAUUACAGUCAUUAUUACGGAUAGCUUAUCAUGUACAUACACUAGAAAUAAUUGAUGAGAGAGGAAUUUUACUUCGC